AUGGUGCCAGACUAUGGACAAUGCAAAAUAUUAUUCGCACAUCCAGAGGAUAUCCUUUCAGAUAUUGGUAGAAAGUUGAUCAAAUCCGAUGUAUUUCAAAAGAACGUUGUCGCUUGUGUGAUUGACGAGGCGCAUUGUGUUGAAAUGUGGUAAGUACAUUAUUAUUGAAGGUUUCACGGUAUAAACAGUCACCAUUUUGCAAGUAGGGCAAACUGAGUCAACUGACACAUGAAUGGAUCAAGGACAAACGCAAUGUGAUUUCCCAAGAGUAUUGAUCAUAUGCAUUUUAUAGUCAUUGUGUUUGUCCUACUUGCAAAAUAGUGGUUGUUACCAUGAGACCUUUUAUUUUGAUAAGUUCACAAUAAAAUAUACAGAACUUUGUUACACAUUGUCAGGUAGUUCAAGUUUUAUUUUUCUAAUCAUUGGGUCAUUCCAGAAAACAUCCAUACCUCCCCCACAGAGGAAAUUCCUUUGUGGGGGGAGUGUGAACCUUUUCUGGAAUGACCCAAUUUAUAUAGUAUGAACUAGGUUGUUUUAUUUCUGAUAAAAAAUAAAGUUAUGAGCUUGCUGAAAAGUGAUAACAAACUAGAUACAUUGAUACAACUAGUCAUGUUGAAUACAACUUGCAGCAAGCCGUCAGGUGUUUAAGGCCAGGGUCAGGGUUUUUAUGCACUGAACCUAAUGCAAAUUAAGUGAAUCAAAUAACUUACAGUAGCUCUGAUUAACAUUAGGUUCGGCACGUGAAAAGUUCAAUGUUUGACCCUGGCCUAACUUGUCUUAACCAAUUUACUUGCAUUACUCACAGUACUGGAGUAAAAUUGCCUGGCGUUAGACAGAGUAAAUACUAAACAGGAUGCAUUGCCAGUAAAUGAGUUAAAACAGAUGGUUGUACUAUAUAUAUGCAGUGCUCAAAUGGCUAGUAUUAAGUUAAAAACUGUUUUGUUUUGUUUGCAAUAUUUCUUGACUAUUUUUGUAUUAAUUUUGACUUUUAGGGGAAAUGAUUUUAGAAAGGAUUUCAAAGGACUGGACUGUCUCAAAGCAUUCUUUCCAUCAAGCCCAACAUUGACCCUUUCAGCUAGUGCACCACCUCAACUUAUCAUGAAGUUGAAAGAAAGUCUAUGCCUGAGCAAGGGCUGUAAGAUUGUCAGUAAAAAUCCGAACAGAGAGAAUAUAUUUCUAGAUCGGCAAAAACUUGCAAGUAACAACUAUGGAUAUAUAUUAAGGCCAAUUGCUGAAUCGUUACUAAGAAUGAAUGUACUUUAUCCACUCACUAUAAUAUACAUGAACUUGAAAUACUGUGGUUAUGCUUAUGCUUUAUUCGAUCAAAUUUUAAAAGAAAACCAGUACAAGGGAGUUGAAAAUAUUCCUAAAGCCCGCUUGUUUGCCCAAUUUCACUCUCAGCAGACCAAGAGAAUGAAGGAGGAAAUUAUUGCAGAAAUUACAAAAGAGAACUCUACAAUCCGUGUAGUAUUUGCAACAACAGCAUUAGGAAUGGGUGUAAACGCUCCUCAUGUUAACCAUGUGAUUCAUAUUGGGCUCCUUCAAAUUUGGAAUCCUAUUUGCAAGAAAUAG